UGUUGUUCUUUCUUACCAUCACUCUGUUGGUGUCUCUUCAUGGAAAUUGGUACACCCACCAUAGACAGGAGUUUGGCAAUUUCUAUUAAAAUUUAGGUGAGUAGGGCCAAUAAUUUGAUUUCUCUGUAGCUACCUAGAGAAGUGUCCACGUGUACAAAGAUAGUUAUUUACAGAGACAUCUACGGAGUUGUGCAUUAGAGCAUGUGCUGUAAUGUAAGGAAGAAAGGAGGUAAGCUAAGUGCUCCCAGCGAGGGAAAUGAUUAAAUUCUGGUACAGGAGUCAUUGGAGUACAGUGUAGACUAGCGCGGAAAGGGUGCUGAGUUGCAGUCACAAUAUGACGCCUCUUAAAACAGGUCUAUGGAAGCCGGCACGUACAUGCACACGAUUACAGGGAGCAAGUCGGGAGGGUGUAUUUCGCUGGCACCGCGGUGGCCCUGGGUCUGCUGUGGUCAGAGGGCUUUGUCAGGAGCAUCUUGAGCUUUAUUUGUUACAUUUGGGUUUUUGACAAGGAGUGAUUUUUUUUUUGUUAAGAAUUAAUACCAGUCAAUUUCCUGUGGAAGAAACUAGUUUUCUGGUGAGAAUUUCAGAUGAACCCUGUUGGUACAAAAUGCCCUUGUCCUUGAAUGUUAAAGAAGAGGAGUUGUAGUUGGCGGACUGGGGAGUCCAGAGCUGUCUUGCUUUUCUUAUUUACCCUCACUCUAGUCUAGGCAACUUUCCCUCUUCAUAACCAACGGUAAGAAAGCAUCUUUGACCAAAAAACCCUAACACAUAAGGACUGAGUUUCUUUUAAAAGCUCUGGAUUCCCUAAGUCUCAAAACUUGGAUGUAUUUACUGAGAAGGCAGCUGUGGGUGGAACCAUUCCCAGCGCUUCAGGGCCUGGGCUGUCCCUGACCUGUAGUUCUCCCUCCCUCUCCUUCUGGUCAUCCCUGGUCAUGCGGCUCCCAGUUCUGGAGUCUUACUAUCAGGUUUCCUUUCAAAGGUCAGGACAGAAUUCAGGGCAUAGCUGGGUGAAGGCAUGCUGGGCAUCUUAAAUGAGGAAGUUUGGUGGCUUGUGACAGCUUGUUUUGUGACUAGGUUAACAUUCCGUACUUGGACCCAGAGCCGAUCUCAGUCCAGCUUCUCUGUGGGAUGGCAUGUUCCCUGCCCAGGAGAGCAUCGGGGAGGAGACCUGCAUGUGUGGGGCAUGGAAGGCUUUUCAAGGGGCGGGAGGUGCUGAUGACAGGCUGGACUUGGCUCCUGGCCAGGGUGUAGUUUAAUACGCCGGCUCUCGGAGUGGUGUGGGAGAAGCAGGGGGCGCCAGGAGUAUGGAGGGCAGCCUUGAAGCUGUCUGGGAGCGGGGAAGCUGCUAGAAGCCUGAUUUCCUCCUGUAGGUGCCAUGCGGAUUCCUCACGCAGAGGUCAGCCUCUUGGCCUUUCCUUCCCAAGGUCUUUCAGGGUCUCAGGUGCUGAGACCUGUGGCAACAUGGAGGCUCACACUCGACAUUUUUCUAGUGGCCCGGGCACCCCCCGGCCUCGUUUGUUGGUCGAACUGAUGAGCAGGUGUAGAGGAUAGCACAGGUGCAGGAGAGUGGGUGUCCGAGGGUGCACGUGACUCAGCCCAGGGCACGCCCACACUGGUAUUUUGAUCCUUGUUACAGAACCACUGAGCUAUCUGGCCCAGACACGAGCCCCUGGUCGGCCCUGCCCCCAGGAGACUGCUCUCUAUAAAAGGGCUGAGCAGCUCAGCACCUCUCACUGGGGGCGUGAAGAGCAGGGGGGACCAUGGAUAUCAUCAGCAUCCAGCAGUUGGUAUGUGGAGACAGGGUUGGAAGUAAAGUGUUGGGAUGUGGACAUGGAGUUCCUGAUCCUGGAGGCGGGCCCGGGGCCUGGAGGCCCAGAGCCCAAGAGGCCGUGGCCCGGGAGCAGUGGAAACUGGAAGAAGAGAAGAAGAAGAAACUUGAGAGAUUUAACAGCUCCAGACUCAAUCUGGAGACUCUGACUGACUUGGAAAACUUGGUUCAAAGACGGAGAGAAAAGCGACUGAAACGCAGAGUCCCCCCCAGGGCACCUGAGUCCAUGGUUAAGCCGCAGCCCCAGGCCCAGCCGGAGUCUGUGGACCUGGAGAUGUUCCUGAAGGCAGCUGCAGAGAACCAGGAGGCCUUGAUUGACAAGUACCUGACAGAUGGAGGGGACCCCAGUGCCCAUGACAAGCUGCACCGCACAGCCUUGCACUGGGCCUGUCUGAAGGGUCACGGCCAGCUGGUGAACAAGCUGCUGGAGGCAGGUGCCGCUGUGGACGCUCGAGACUUGCUGGACAGGACACCCGUGUUCUGGGCCUGCCGUGGAGGACACCUGGAUGUCCUCAAACAGCUGCUUAACCAGGGAGCCCAGGUCAACGCCCGGGACAAGAUUUGGAGCACCCCCCUGCACGUGGCCGUGCGCACGCGACACUGUGACUGCCUGGAGCAUCUCAUUGCGUGUGGCGCCCACAUCGAUGCCCAGGACAAGGAAGGGGACACAGGUCUGCAUGAGGCGGUGCGGCUUGGCCACUACAAGGCCAUGAAGGUGCUGCUGCUCUAUGGAGCCCAGCUGGGUGUGCGGAACUCGGCUUCGGUGACCCCAGUGGAGCUGGCGCGAGACUGGCAGCGGGGCAUCCGGGAAGCACUGCAGGCCCAUGCGGGCCACCCUCGCACUCGGUCCUAGCGAGCGCAGCCUGCAGGGUCACUUCUCAGCCACCAUUCCACCUCACCUUCCCCUCCCCUCCUCAUGCCCUCACCGUGAUCCGCACCCCUCUGGGGUCGUCCCCUCAGUCCUCAGGCCAGCACUGCCCAGCAGGGGACAAAGCCGGCCCCCCUGGUUCUCCACCAGGCUGUGCACGAGGAACGGCUGAGGCAGGGGACCCCAGAGAAGCAGGACAUAGCGCAGGAGAGUGGCAGUCCAGGUUGGAGCAAAACUGGAGUCCUGAGCCUCGAGCUGCCCAGGGCCGGGCACUCGGCAUCCUCCAAUCCUCCCUCCACAAGGGCCGGUUUCCCGCCUGGUGGGGCUUUCAGGCCACAGCUGCCAUCCAGGCCACACCACUAUGGCACGCUUUUGCAGCUGACCAAGGCCCUCCUGGCAGGGGUUUCUCGGGGACUCCGUUCCUGUCAGCAGCAACCCUGACAGCAGGUGGAGUGGCUCUAGCCUGCUCUGGCUGUCGGGCUUCUGGAGUUGGGUCUGGCCAUCAGGAGCAGGUGCCCAACAGGGUUAGGCCCCCCCUGCAGGCCCCGUCUGGUACCAGCCCGGUUGCCUCAGAAGCCCUAUAGUUGAGCAGCUAGAGCUCAUGUUUGUUUUAGGGAAACCUCGUGCCUACGGUCUGCAGGCCUUGGUCAGCCUGCCUGCUGCUCUCUAGUUGGCCAGCUGACAGCGCUCCUUGUAGGAGUGAAAUGCCUGGGAGCUGGGGAUUGCUUGUGGCCCACCCAACUCUUGGGGUGGCGGCCCGUAACCCUACUUUGCCUCGGGCAUCACCUAGCACUAGAACUUGAGUUCUGGCCUGGACAGCAGUUGCACCUGCUUGGCUUCCCCCCACCGCUGGGACAGGACACCGAGGCGCUAGUGGCUCAGCCCCAGAGGGGAAGCAGAGGAGAGCAAGGGGCACACCUGCUUCCCCCACUCUGCUGAGUGAUGGCAGAUUUAGGACCCAGAAUCACCCCAGUUCUCCCCAAGAUUCCUUCCUUCACUGCCUUUCCUGUUUCACGUCACACUGGUGUAGACCCAUACCGCUGGCGGGGCUGGGUCCUGAAGUGGCAGAAAGUGAAUCUUAAGGAACUCUGCCCUAAAUGGAGAACCGCAGGCUGAGGGACCGGCUUUAGAUGCAAGGUCAGCCUCCUUCCCAUAUGUAAAGUACCCAUAUGGACAUCCAUUUUGCAGCAGUUCCUUCCAGUCUAACACUGGCGGCCUUCUUGGGCCAAGCACAAGGCUAUUCUGACUAUGUGAAAAAGCAACUACAGCUCCCACCAGGAGCCACAUACCUUCUCUUCCGUGGGCAGCUCCGACCCUGCACGGAACUGUGGUGACAGUUCCCCCCGGUGCUGGAGCCGUAAGAGAAACAGGUUCAAGUUCCUGGAGAAGACAUUGCCCCAUCUAGAAGAUGGGGACCCUUACGUGACAGACAAGAACACCUUUUUAUACACUUCAGUAUUUUUUGUUCAUUAAAACUGUUGACUAUCCAUCA